AAACGAGGAGGAAGGGGUGAGUGUGUGAGACCUUAACAGAGAAGCAGCAGUAAGUCAGCUUAACCACGGUGGCCGGAGGAUGCCCUGUGUGCCGGGCUCUGGGCUAUGAAGAAAAUAAGCUGUGCCCUCGGGAAGGUGAGGUCUAAUUAGACAAAUAGGUCACUUCCAUCUAAGGGCGAGCUUGUUAGGGAACCUUGGGCUGUGAUGUGGUCCCAGAUCACAGCUGACAGGUAGGCUGGGGACAGGCACACUCGCCUUGACGUUCAGGUAGGACAGUGCGUAUCAUUUGUAAAUGGUUAAAAAUAAGUCGUGAUUGCGGUUUCUGUUCCGGCCAUGACAGCCUUGAGGCUGACACUUGGAAGGAUAUUUUUAAUGUAAUUUUUACAAGUACCUAGUAGCGCAUUCCCCGUUCUCAGUGCGGGGUCAUGAGACGGGCGGAUUGGUUACCAACUGUGACAACUUAUUCAUUCUCUCAACAAACAUUUAUUGACCGCUACCAUGGGCCUUGCGGUAUAGAAAGGAAACAUGGGAUUUGGUUCCAUUCAAAGAGACGUGCAGGUGUGCCGGGGAAAUCAGAACCAACACAGGAAGUGGUGGGCGCUCCUGCACCAAUGCGGUGCGUGCGCAGUCUCUUGGGUUGGGGGGAAGUUUGUCCACUUACUUACUGGACGGAUGAACGACAAUUGCUUACAUUUCUACAGCAUAGUAGUGCGGAAAACCUAUUUGUUCUGUACAUGGUUCUUUUACUCCUUCCACUAAAUCUGUAGAGCGGGCACCAUUAGCCUUGCUUCGUAAGCGCGCAAAGUGGAGAAGUCUCGACACCGUCCUCGAGCCGCGUGUGGAUGCACGAAGCCCGGACCUGCGCGGCCCACGAUCCCCGGGGGCCUGGGCCGGACCGGGCUGUGCCCGCGCCGAGGCGGUGGACGCACCCUGACCUCUGGAGGCCAGUGUCCGGCGAGCGAAAUGGGGAGGACCCGCCGGGAAAAGCAUCUGCGAAUGACGAGGCGGCUGAUGGUCUGGGUCCUGGUGAUUCGCACUCGCCGCGCACACGUGUCACAUCGUUUCCCGGGCCUUUCCUGGCGCAGAGGCGGGCGCGGGGUAGAAGGUCACCGGCAGCGCAGAGGCACAAAGGCCUGGAAACAGGUCCAGGUGGACGCGAAGGCGUCCCCCUAGCCGCAGGCAGGUCCCCGACACAGCCCCGCUCUCCGUGGUCUUGGUGAGCCCCCUCCUUCCUACCCAGGUCCGCCAGCGGGAUGCAGUCAGCAGCUCCCGCAGCCCGGGGGCCACCAGCGGCUGGACCGCGGCCUGGGGCACCCGGGGGACUGCGGGGACGCAGCCCGGAGCCCAGAGGGUGGGUGGUGGGCGGUGGUUCCGAUGUGGGCGGGGCUCCAGGUGGGCGGGGCCGGAGGCGGUGGCCGUUGCCGGGCUACGGGGCAGCGCGGACCCGCGGCGCCUGGACGUGCCGGGUGUGCGCGCGCGGAGGGGACCCCGGCCCAGCUCCGCACCGAGUGCCGCGCGCUCAGCACGGUUCAGCGCGUACCGGAGCGUGAGAUCGCCGCCGAGACCUGCGGAGCAGCCUCCAGGCACCCGGGAAGAGCUCUUCAACCAGAAAUACAUUUAACGAGAGCAAUGGCUUUCAAAGUGCUACUAGAACAACAGAAAGCAUUUUUCACGGUUGUAGUUUUACUAGCCUGUUUGGCACGUAGAGUGAUCUGUGAAACAGGAGACUGUGGACAACAGGAAUUCAGGAAUCAGUCAGGAAAUUGUGUUCUCUGCAAGCAGUGUGGGCCAGGCAUGGAGUUGUCCAAGGAAUGUGGCUUUGGCUACGGGGAGGAUGCCCAGUGUGUGAGGUGCUGGCCGCACAGGUUCAAGGAGGACUGGGGCUUUCAGAAGUGCAAGCCGUGCCUGGACUGCGCCCUGCUGAGCCGCCUCCAGAAGGCCAACUGCUCUGCCACCCGCGACGCCAUCUGUGGGGACUGCCUGCCCGGAUUUUACAGGAAGACCAAACUUGUUGGUUUUCAAGACAUGGAGUGUGUGCCUUGCGGAGACCCGCCGCCCCCCUACGAGCCACACUGUACCAGCAAGGUCAACCUGGUGAGGAUCCCGUCCACGGCCUCCAGCCCACGGGACACGGCCCUGGCUGCCGUGAUCUGCAGCGCCCUGGCCACCGUCCUGCUGGCCCUGCUCAUCCUCUGUGUCAUAUACUGUAAGCGGCAGUUUAUGGAGAAGAAACCCAGCUGGUCCCUGAGGGCACAGGACCUGCAGUACAACGGUUCUGAACUGUCCUGUUUCGACAGACCUCGGCUCAGCGGCCCUGCGCCCCACGCCUGUUGUCAGUGCCACCGGGACUCGGCCCAGACCUGCGGGCCCGUGCAUCUCAUCCCAUCCCCGUGCUGUGACGGGGCCUGCAGCGUCGGCCGGGAGACUCCUGCUUGUAGGGUGCACUCCAAGGCCAUUCUUCAGGACAGAAACACAGGCCCAGCGGGGGAAGCAGUGCCGACUUUCUUUGGGUCCCUUUCGAGGUCCGUCUGUGGCGAGUUUUCGGACGCCUGGCCGCUGAUGCAAAAUCCCAGCUGUGGUGACGACAUCUCUUCUUGCGCUUCUUAUCCUGAGCUCCCUGGAGAAGACGUUCACUCUCUCAAUCCAGAGAGUGCAAGUUCAGCAUCCUUGGACUCAAACAGUAGUCGGGGUCUGGUGGGCGGAGCAGUUCCAAUUCAAGCUCACCCUGAAAGCUUUACAGAAACUACUGAUUUAUCGAGACUCAACAACUCAGUGCCAGAACCAGCGCUAACUCAGGACGCGCUCACUGCCAGAAAUCAGCUGGCUCAGGAGAGAGGAGAUGUCCAUCACCUGGCCACUCAGCCGUCACCCCAGGAGGCCGAAAGGACUUGCUUCUUUCUGCAGUGAAGUGUCGUAUGGAGCCCAAAGGGCAGCCACUCCUCUGCUUAUGGACUCAGCACCGUCUGGACCUCGCAUGGCUUCUGGGGGAAGAAAGUAAAUCUGAACCACACUGAUGGCAUUUUAAGCCUUUCAACCGGUUGCUUCUGAUCAGACCAGCUGCAAGCUGAGACCUCAAGGAAUACACUCCAAGCACUUCUGAGACUUUGCAUCUUUCCUACACAAGAAGCUUCUACGCUACAGGCUGACUUCAGAGACUGACGGGCCAAGUUUGCAGCCACCGAGCUUAGGGGUAUAACGAGAAACAGAAAUGCAUUCAUGCUUCUUUUCACGGUGGAGGUGGUUUGCCAAGAUUGAAGACCCAGAGUAAAAAUUUUCAUUUACAUUUUCUUUCCAGAAAUAAUUUCAUAUAUCCUACUAAAAGUCGGCGUCAGAUGAGUUACCUUAGUUCUUAGGUAGCAUGGGUUCAAAAGGGAGUGUUUUUAUUUCCUGAAGGUCACCUUUUCAUCUUCUAAAUAAUUAGCAUAGGAGGUUAGAAUUGACUUCACAUGGCCUGCCUGAGUCUUGGGUUUAUUAGAUGAUGUUAACUGUCCUAACUGGGAAUCAGAAGAGACCAAAUCGUGCAGAAUUGAGGCUUCUCGCCUCAGCCACUGUCUUGUGAACAGCGGCCGAAUUAGUUAACAAGAGGGGCCUGAGUUAGGACAUGUGUUUGGGAAAGGACUGCCCAUCCCUCUGAGUUAAAAACCCCUUAGCAUGCGCAUCCUAGAUUAGCAGAUUUAUGUGAAAAUCCAUUGAUAUGGAAGCAUUUGUUACUUCUGUCCCUGGGACUGAGCUUAAAAGAUCCAGAAUUUCUCUUUUAUAGAGAAUCGGUAUUUAUAAUGAUCUUUUAUUUGCAUCGUAUUUUAUACUAAAGGCUUUAGAAAUGACGACAUAUCAGGUUUCCCUGCUACUGAAGCAUGACACCAGGUGAGUAGUCUUAGGAGACUCUGCAUAUUAGGACCAGAAGAAAAAGCACAGCUUGUAGGCAGCGUUUAGGUGAAUGGAUUAUAACUGCCAUACGGGGCUCCCACCAAUCUCCUAAGCUGCUUCAGCACAGUAAUUCCCACCGUAGCCCAACGGCGCUGGAUUUAAGAGUCUGGUGCUUCUGUGAAGGCGCUCCAUCCCCUACCACCUUGGUAUCUACCGGCUAGAAUUAGCUCUAGAGCUGAGACAGAAAUAACCCUGCUCAGUCAUGAACCAGGGGAUGGCUCGUUGGCUCGCCUCUGCGCCCUGGAGAGGAAUUAUUUGAGCAGAAUUUAUUUUUUUCCUGCUUGAACGUAUGUGAUCAGCUCUGGCUGUUGUCUUUUAAGUGAUUACUAUUAGCUCUGUCCCAUUUGCACUUAAAAAAGAAAUAGACCUUUGAACAUCCCUGUGUUAGAGAAUGCUGAGAUAUUUUGUUUCCAAAUCAGUCUUCUACCUGACAUUUAAAGUGAGCAUUAGAGGGUAUUCCUGGGCAGUCCAGUGGUUAGGAUUCAGCACUUUCACUGCCGAGGGCCUGGGUUCAAUCCCUGGUCGGGGAAUUAAGAUCCCGCAAUAGAAAUCUGCCUUUUCCAAGGACAUUUUUAUCUUCCCUCUUAUUGCCCCGUGCUUUGCUCUCUUGCAGUAGUGAGCUCUCACGAGGCCUUUUCCUCGUGCUGGGACUGUCCCUCCAUCUGCAGCUCAGGAUCCCUGUGCGGACAUGAGCUCACAGUAUGUCGUGCACGUGACCUCCGUUCCUUUGACUGAAAUGGGAAAUUAGAGGGUCUCAUGGUAAGGCACAGCCUUUCCUGUCUACCUGGUGUCCAGUCAUAGUUGAUUGACUUUCUUUUUUCUCUUCCUUUUUUAGCCUAAACCAAUGGUUCCUAAGCUCUGGUACUCACCAACUCUUCUGAGACUUGCCCUUAGGAAAUAUAUGUAAGGUAUUUAGGACCUGAUCACAAGAGGUCCACGAAAAUGCAAGUUUCACUGUAAGUCACAUGUGUGCCGUUCGUAGUUUGUAAUCUGAUCACUUUUGUGGUGACAGAGGGGUGAUCCAAGUAGGCCAGGGCUGUGCUCCUUUUUGUAACCUGAGUAUAUUUUCCACAUGCAGAGCCCUCUUUAACUUCAAAGGCAAAAACCCUUGCAGGAGAAAGCUGAGAUUGAUGGGAAUGAGACUUUGGCCACAAAUCCUGAAACAUCACUUUUGAUCAAUAGAGAAACACUUAGGGUUAAAAAAUUGAUCUCAUUGGAUUCUGCAUUUGAAAAAUCCUGGAUUAUUUUGUUGUGGACCAUUUUUAAAGUCUUUAUUGAACUUGUUACAAUAUUGCUUCUGUUUUAUGUUUUGGGUUUUUUUUGACCCCAAGGCAUGUGGGAUCUUAGCUCCCUGACCAGGGAUCGAACCCACACCUCCUGAAUUGUAAGGCGAAGUCGUAACCACUGGAGUGCCAGGGAAGUCCCGAUCCUGGGUUAUUUUUAUCCAGAGGAAGACAGUUUACUACCAUGUGCUAUGGAAGCAUACAAUGAUGUUAUAGUCUGCACUCUUUGUCAAUGCUGUAGAGGACAAUCCAGUUGGCAUUUCAUGUCAAUAUCCUGCAGAACUCAGCUGCUAGGGUGCUGAUGCCAGGAACUGCCAUCAGCUAAUAACAGGGCUGGGAGUGCGGGUGCUUGAGACUUCCGGCACUGCAGACGCUCACUGACAAGGAUGAGAUCAGGGUUGGAGAACAAGCACAUAAAGGCGUGGGGUUUUCUAAUCUUGUAUGUAUGGAAUGUAUUUUUCAAAUGUAGAUUUUUCUACUUUAGAUAAAGUGUUAAUGUUGCCAUUACCUAGGUUAAGCACUAUUGUCUGUGCUAGUAAAAAAAAAAAUAGAAAAGGAAAAACUAUCCAUCAUUGCUUUAAGGCAGUCAGCUUGCAUCAGUUUAGACCCCAUCAUGACUGUUUUGCAUACUGGAAUUGAUACAUUUGUAAAUGUUGGUUUUCUUACAUAACUAGUUUUGUAAGACCUUUUUUUUAUUUGUGAAUAAAAUUGUUACCUGGUA